GGUUCAACUCCACACUAUAUAAACUAUAAUAAACUGCCAUAAACAACCCAAUUGCAAUUCAUGUUCUAUUGUUAAAGCAAUGUCAAAAUCAAGUCAAAAUGAAGAACGUACAGUCAAUUUAUCUCACACAUUCAAGUACUUGUUAGCUACUCAAUUUUUAUCAAGGGGAAUACCAUUCAUAUUUAACUCUUGGAUUGUGAGACACCUAACUGAAGAAGAUUAUGCGGUGUAUGCUGUACAAUUUCACUUGUUCAUUACUUGUGUGCUUUUUCUUAGUCGAGAGGGCUUCAGGCGAGCAUGUAUGAGGGCAGACAUUUAUUGUGAUGGAUCAUCAGGGAGAGGAAAUGCAGCAAAACUCUUGAAAGUAGCAUGGAUGACUCUCCCUUUGGGAAUAAUUAUCACAUUUGCAGGAUGUAUUUUUGUUUUAUGGUGGCAAGAACUAAGUUAUUCUAGUCAAUAUGCACAGGCUAUAUGGAUAAAUGGUUUUGCAUGUAUACUGGAGCUACUAGCUGAACCCUUUUACAUCUUAUCUCAGAAUUUGCUUCUCCUCAAGUUGCGUCUGGUAGUUGAAAGUGCAGCUACCCUUUCACGUUGUAUAACUACCUACCUCCUCAUUGUAAAGCUACCCGGCAUGGAGAAAGUAAUUGUAUUUGCCUUGUCGCAAGUCGCAUUUGGAGCUUUUGUGUUCUUUGGCUACUGGGCCUACUUUCUUCUUUUUCACGAGUAUAGCAGAUCUGAUCUCUUCCCUUUUGGUGUAGGAAGGGGAGGCAUUGAUGAGCAGCUUUCAAAAAUGUGUAUGUUGUUUACUUUUCAAUCUUUCCGCAAGUUGCUUCUUCAAGAAGGAGAAAAAAUGGUUCUUGUGUGGUUGGACACACCAUAUAACCAAGCAGUAUAUGGGCUUGUAGACAAACUAGGCAGCUUAGUGGUUAGGCUGGUGUUUCUCCCAUUUGAAGAAAGUUCAUAUGCUACAUUUGCAAGGUCUGCAUCAGGUGAACGGGCACAGAAGCAAAAGAAACUGGGAAAAAGCUUGACUGAAGCUAUGAAACUUGUUUUACUAAUAGGUUUGGUAGUCAUGGCAUUUGGCCCUAGCUACUCCUACUCUCUCAUUAGGUUGCUGUAUGGUCGCAAGUGGAGUGAUGGAGAAGCUUCAACAGCUCUACGAUACUAUUGCCUGUAUGUAAUUCUGUUGGCUAUGAAUGGAACAUCUGAAGCAUUUUUGCAUGCGGUCGCAAAUGAGAUUCAACUCAAGCGCUCAAAUGAUUCCUUGCUUGUGUUCUCAUUGAUUUACCUGGUGAUGAAUGUUUCUCUUAUACAUUCAGCUGGUGCAAUCGGGUUGAUUUUAGCAAAUUCUUUGAAUAUGGCUCUUAGGAUCACUUACUCAGGAGUAUUCAUCAGGAAAUAUUUCCAGGAUUCGUCCUCAUUUUCCUUUCGUAGCUGCCUGCCCUCUGGUUGGACCUUUCUACUUCUUUCUGGAGUAGUUACUCUAGUUUCAGAAAAGAUAUUUCUGGAUCGGGAUGACUUCUGGAGAACAUUUAGCAUUCACUUCUCAGUGGGCAUAGCCAGUUUCAUCCUAGCAGCCUUUAUCAUCUAUCGUCGCGAGAGGACCUUUAUCAACAAUAUCAUACGUUUCCGGGAGCAUGCUGACUGAAGAAGAAAGUCCCGCUCCAGUCAAACCAAGAACCUUAACGACAAUUCUUUGCUGCAUCUCAAAGCGAAAGUCAUUUUUUACUAGGUUCUCCGGACCGAUGCCUGCUGCAUCUCUAGAUCUAUGAGGAUCAAGAAUAGAUGAUAAUAUAAAGUGAUUGAACGUCUUAUUGCUAAUUACAUAAUGCAUUUACAACUUAGUGAUUGCCACCUCUUCUCCACAUAUUUAUUUCCAUCCCUGUGCAGGUGAUGUAGGCGCGGGAGGUAACAUUAUUUCACUGCUUUCGCCUUUUGUUCAAGCAUUUGAUUGAAUUGGAGAACUGAUGCAGUGCCAGUAAUAUUGGUGCCAUUACUGUGUUGUGCAUCUGUUGCAUUAUAUGCCCUAUUUUUUCUUUGGUUUCUUUUCUGGCUUUUACAAGGUGAAAAUUAUGCAGUAGUAUUGAUGUGGCAUAUAAGACGUACAGUGUGUUUUUUUGGUGGAAAAAAAACUUUUCAGAAGCUUUACUAUAACAUGGCCUUGAAACCUUCUGUUGAGCAUGCUAAGAUACUUUGUAUACAUAUAAGUUCAUCUUGAUUAAUAGAGGAUCUCAUAUAUUCAUGAUA